AAAUCAAAAAUUCAAAAUACUGACGCUUGUACACAAAAGUGGGUUCGAAUCUUGCAGAACUAUCGUCAAAAAAAGAAUAUUUCUUAUGAUAUCCAAACUCUAAAUGAUAAAGAGCAACUUGAACAUGAAUUAUGCAAAUUUUUUGCUAAUAUUAAGCGACAGGAUGGAAAACCUUAUAAAGUCAAGUCAAUUGUAUCAGCCUACACCUCUCUUCGACGAUUUCUGUGUGAAACUUCAGUAAUUAAAAAUGUUAACAUUAAUGAUCGGUUUCAAUUUCCUAUUUUAUACCAGGUUGUGAAUGGAAAAUAUAUAGAAUUACAAGACCAAGGAUAUAGUGACCAAACAGCAAUGCAACUUACACAAAAAGUAUUUUUCUGGAAUGCAUACUUACUAGGAUUACAUGGUGGACGUGAGAAAAACAAUCAGGGUGGACUUCAAGAUCGAAAUAAAUAUGGAAAAUUUUCUAGCCGACGUAUACAUAUUCCUGCAGAUUUGCCAAACAAUAAAUUUAAACCUAUACAAGAUCUUCAGAGUUAUGUAAAUUUGCGUCCUGCAGAUGCAUAUGAAAAGUUUUAUUUGCAACUAACAAGAAAUUCACAAGCAAUUCAAGACAAGAACUUGUUUCUUAAAUCUGGACUUGGACGACAUACAUUAGCAAAUAUGAUGAAUGAUAUUGCACAAUCAUCUAAAAUCAAUAUCACUGAUCAACGUAUUACUAAUCAUUUAGGAAGAAGGACGGCCAUUCAACUUUUGUCUGAUCUUAGUGUAAAUGAACAUGAAAUGAUGACAUUUUCAGGUCAUCGAUCAGUUAAUGGAUUACGAUCUUACAAA